AUGAUGGCCAGACCGUACCAUGUAGUAGUGGUCCUAUUGCUGCUGGAAAGUUCCGCCAGGUUUGGAGAAGGAGCUUCUAAUCCUGGAGUUGUGGCCAGGAUCACCAGAAAAGGCCUGGAAUAUGCAAACCAGUAUGCAGUGGCCACCCUGAGAAAGGAGCUGCCGGCCAUCAGGUUGCCUGACUUCUCAGGAAGCUUCAAGAUGGGUUGGUUUGGACGGGGGAGCUACAAUUUUCACAGCCUGAAGAUCCAUCACUUCGAGGUCCGAAACUCAGAUCUGAAUCUACUUCCAGGGCUGGGAAUCAGAGCUUCCCUGUCCAACAACGAUCUGUCUAUGGGUGGGAACUGGAAGGUGAAAAAAGGAUUCCUCAACCUGAAAGGCUCGUUUGAUCUGAAGGUGGAUGGCAUUUCCAUCUCAGUCUCUCUGAACUUGGGCAAGGAUGAGACUGGGCGACCCACGGCCUCCGUAAACCACUGCAGCAACUCCAUUGGCCGAGUGAGCGUCCGCAUUUCUGGAAGCUUAAGAUGGAUCCUGAAUCUCUUCCGUAAAAGAAUUGAAAGCAGUAUCAAAAGAAUCUUGGAAAACCAGAUCUGCGAAGUGAUCAAGAAGUCAUCAGACUCGCACCUGAAGCCCUACCUCCAGACUCUGCCAGUCACCUUGAUGAUUGACCAGGUUGCUGGUAUUGACUACAGACUGUUUGGAGCUCCCCAGGUGACCUCUCAAAGUGUGGACAUACCCAUCAAGGGUGAAUUCUUCAGCCAAAGCCAACGCACCCCAGUCCCUUUCGAUGCCCCAGCCAUGAUGCUGCCCCAACAGUAUGACCGCAUGGUCUACUUCGCAGUCUCCGAGUACGUCUUCAACACAGCCAGCAGGGUCUACCACCAGGCUGGGCUCCUGAAUGUCACCAUCUCAAAUGGGCACCUGGCCGGGUUGUUCCCCAAUAUGCAAGUACAAUUGGAGGCAUCCCCUGAAUCAGAGCCGCACCUGUGGUUCACUCCUGGAAAUGUGACCCUUGCUCCUGUGAUGGACGUCCAAGCCUUCGGCAUCCUGCCCAACUCCUCUGACCGCAGGCCACUCUUCCAGCUCAGGGUGAAAACCAACUUCUCCAUCUCCAUUGGCGUGAACUCCAAUAGGAUCGUUGGCUCAGUGUCCCCAGAAAGUGAGCUGAAACUCGAAUUGAAACACUCCAACAUCGGUUCUGUCGACGUGGAAGAGAUGGAAACCAUCUUCAACCUCUUCGCACGCGAGGUCAUCUACCCCUCUAUCAAUGCCCAGCUCAAAAAGGGAUUUCCAAUCCCCGUUCCAAAGAACAUCUUCCUCAACAGUGUGGAGCUCCAGAUUCACGAGAACUUCUUGCUCUUAGGGGCCAACAUCAAUUAG